GACCUGGGCUCCAUCUCCACCACUGUUCCCAAAGCCAUGGCCAAUUCCCUCUGGGACACCAGGGCCAUCUCCUUUGCAGGAUGUGCUGCUCAGCUCUUUCUUUUUGUCUUUUUCAUUUCAGCAGAGUUUUCUCUUCUCACCGUCAUGUCCUACGACCGCUACAUUGCCAUCUGCAAACCCCUGCACUACGGGACCCUCCUGGGCAGCAGAGCUUGUGUCCACAUGGCAGCAGCUGCCUGGGGCAGUGGGUUGCUCACUUCUCUGCUGCAUACGGCCAAUACAUUUUCACUACCACUCUGCCAAGGCAAUGCUGUGGACCAGUUCUUCUGUGAAAUCCCACAGAUCCUCAAGCUCUCCUGCUCAGACUCCUACCUCAGGGAAGUUGGAUUUCUUGUGGUUAGUUUCUGUUUAGUCUUCGGGUGUUUUGUUUUCAUUGUGCUGUCCUAUGUGCAGAUCUUGAGGGCUGUGCUGAGGAUCCCCUCUGAGCAGGGACGGCACAAAGCCUUUUCCACGUGCCUCCCUCACCUGGCCGUGGUCUCCCUGUUUAUCAGCACUGGAGUUUUUGCCCACCUGAAGCCCCCCUCCAUCUCCUCCCCAUCCCUGGACCUGUUCAUGGCCGUUCUGUACUCGGUGGUACCUCCAGCAGUGAACCCCCUCAUCUACAGCAUGAGGAACCAGGAGCUCAAGUAUGCCAUGACGAAAUGGUUUUCAACAUUUUUCAACAGCUGA